UGGCAGACGAAAUACGUGUCGGGUAUUAAAAAACAUAUAUAUUUGGCGAGUGAUAAAAAUGCUGAACCAGAGCUUCCCCGAGCAGCCCGAAACAACCUACUCAUAAGACAACACUACUGAUGUCAUCAUGCUAGGAUCAUCGAAAAGCUGAAGCAACGUAAUGUAUCUGAUAACCAUCAUUAUGUUACUUAUCGGAUCGACAAGCUGUUGCCCUUCCUCUUGCAUCUGCAAGUGGAAGAAUGGCAAGCAAACUGUGGAAUGCUCAGAUCGGGACCUGCUCAUCAUCCCUGAAGGAGUUGAACCUGACACUCAAGUUCUGCACUUCUCAGGAAAUAACUUGCAGACUUUGCAUGCUGAAAAGUUUCUCCGUUUGGGAUUGAUCAACCUGCAAAGGAUAUACUUGUCUAGAUGUAAAGUGAGUUACAUCCAAUCUAAAGCAUUCAAUGGCCUAACGAACCUCGUCGAGCUAGAUUUAUCAGAAAAUAAACUCAUUGAGGUUUCACCAGCAUCAUUCGAGGGUUGUGGCUCCCUCAUGAAACUUUAUCUCCACUCCAAUCCGAUAAAGACUCUCCAAAAGGACGUCUUCAGUCACCUCCCGUUAUUGAACACUCUGGAUUUGAGCAGCUGCGCGAUAUCUAGUAUAGCUCCAGAGGCAUUCAGAGGACUGUUCAGCCUCGAGUGGUUGAAUUUGGGAAUGAACAAACUCAGCACCCUUCCAGUGUAUCACAACCUACCUCUCAGCCUCAAAGGCGUCCAGUUGCAAGGUAACCCUUGGAUAUGUGACUGCAACAUCUCUGGUCUCCAAAAAUGGUUGAAAAGUUUUGGGUUCCCAUUAUCUAGUGAACCUGUCUGUGCGGAACCACCCGAAUUUUUCGACGUUCCUAUCAAAUCAGUACCAAAAUAUUCACUGGCAUGUCUGCCUGAGAUCGAACCAAAAGCAUCUUACAUUGAAGUACAGCAAGGAAGAAACAUAUCACUCAUCUGUCAAGUAAACGCUACUCCACCUGCUAUGAUAAGUUGGUACUUUGAAGGGGAAUUGAUAAGAAACAACACAGUAUACGUAAUCGAUAUUAGCACUGAAGGAAGAUAUAGUGAGCUGUUCAUUGAAGACGUAGGCAUAGAAGACAACGGUACUUUCAUAUGCGAAGCUGAGAAUGCAGCUGGCAUAUCCAGAGCUAACUUUACUGUGAAAGUCCAUAUAAGCAAAUCGUUGGGUGAAACUGAGGAGCUUUAUCUUGAAUUGAUUUUGUUGCUGAUAGCAGCAGCACUCUUACUGGUACUUUUGCUGAGUUUCGUUGUUAUCACGUACAUCGUGAAACACAAAAGAAGCUUGAAGCAGAAGCGACACGUGACGUACAAGGAAAGCUCAAGCGAAGACGAAACCAUAAACAUAGUCGAUAACAAAGCAGCUUUGGGAUUGAAAAGCGUUUCUUUGCAAGAGAAACCGAACAAUACGCAGUUCCAGGAUCUCGCUGUUCUGAAGAUGUACCAGGAGCAGAAUCCUGAUCUGAUAAAUGGUACGGAAAGCAUAGGAGCAGGAGAUAAUGAAGGACUUAUAGGCGGCAGGAGGUUCGUUAGGAGAAGCUUGUACGGGAUCAAGGAAGAGAGUUGUAUGUACGACUUCCAGAAUGAUGUCAGACUGGAUCCCCUGGGACUGAUGACCAACGCCGGGCGUGCUGUUAUUCCAGGGGAGUUCAAAGGGAACUGCUACAAUACGCUGCCAGGUCGAUUAGGAGCAUCUCGGAAUGCUGCUUUGCCACCAGGUCGAGUGACCAAAGAGGCCGAGUUCUUAGCUACCUCCGGCCUAUGCAUCCCCUUCCAGCCCAUAAACUGCAUCCCCCCGAGGAAACCUCAGCGACAACUCCUGCCACAGCAACAGCCCCCAACCCCUAGGGAACCCAUUUUGAAAAUAGACAAGACCAUGCAGACGGACUCCGUUGAGUGUGCCGCCGUUUGUACGAAAGGAUGUUCAAAAAUCGAACAAGUGCACACGGACUAGGGUAGAUUUCACGUAACAUAAGGAAUUUGUAUUCAAGGUACUACUGUCUGUGAAAGUUGUAAUAAAGGUUCUACUUUUUGUA